GCAUGCCUGGCCGUAACCAAGACAAAACUGUUGGAUAAAGAGGAUGAACGAGUCGGCUUAGAUGAAUCGAUUUCGGAAUAACUAGGACUUAGUUCGAGUCGGACUCGAGGCCCCCUCCUUUUCUUUAACCAGAGGGGGCAGCUCGUACCUGUAUAAAUAGUGUGUAUAUAUCCGAGUACCGGGUCCUCGAUCUCAAUAAUUUCGGAAGAGCGAGCUCGCACCUUCAGAAAUAUAAGCCCGGUCGACCAUUGGGUUACAGACAGAACGAUUAGUAUUACCCAUGGCGUUAAAUAAUAGAGACAGUAUUGGAACUGAAGACGAAGAAGAUAAGCUCAGCUUGCUGACUGAUGAUACUUUAUUGUCUAUUUUGGGCAGAGUCGACUUACCAACAGCUGCAAGGACUAGUGUACUGUCAACACGGUGGAAACAUCUGCCUUGGUUGCUCCCUGAGCUUACCAUCGAUGUGAAAGAUUUCUUACCUUCCCCGCACCCAAAACCAAUGGAGGUUGAGCACAUGGACAAAGCAAUGUCAUCUCUAACUAAUGCUAUCAGGAGCUUCUUGGUUGCUGAACGUGCAGUCACAAGGCUCCAACUUAGGUUCUACUUGCACCUAACUCUCGUCAACUGUGAUGCUGGUGUGCUCUCGGCAUGGAACAUAGAUGCACCCAAAUCAAAACUUAGGUUUCUUAAGCUCGAGUUCUGCUGCUUGUUGAGACUUGAUGUGCUCUGCCUUCCGAAACUAGAGCGGCUCCAUUGGGAUACGUGGGUUUGUCGAGAUGCCCCUUUGUCACUUAACUCUGCCCCAUUCCUUGAGGAAUUAUCGCCGGCGCCAGGAGGACUUCCACCUCUAGGUCUGACAGGACGCGGACCGGUGCCCUCCUUCUCCAUUGGCACGGCUGCCUUCGAGCCGGUGGCUGCGGGUCCAUCAAACAUCCCACGGCGACGCGUCGGACUAUCCCGUCCAUCUCGCCCUCCGGCACCUAAUGAGGCCGGUUCGUCUAACUGGGCGGCGUUCAUCGGCGGCGGGAGUGGCAGUGCCAGCAACGCACGAUCUUCUUUCGUGGCUUUUAGUCUGGCAAAUGGCAGCGGCGGGAUCUCCUUUGGCGGUGGUGGCGGGAUAUCGUUUGGCGGCGGCGGCAGCGAGUCCCUGGGAAAUACGUUCAGUACCGGCGUCGGUGGCAAUCAGCGACAAGGUAUUUGCUGCUUUCUCUGA